AUGGCUUCAUUUCAUAUUCGAUCGAUCAGUCUGCCAUCUAGAUCUCAUCCUCUAACUCUAAGUUUAGAGGAGCAACUUUCCAAGCUAAACACAUCACAGUCAUCCUUAUCAUUAGGCCAAAAAUUGAGUGGCCUAAAGGAGUUGUAUGAGUGUGUUGAUGAUUUUCUUCAACUAUCACUCACCCAACAAUCUCUUUCCCAUGAGAACUCUGUUGAAGAGGCCUUGAAUGGAUCAUUGUGUUUGUUGGAUAUGUGCAGCAACACAAGAGACUUUUUCUCACAGAUGAGAGAAUGUCUUCAGGGACUUGAAUUAUCUCUCCGAAGAAGUAGAAACGGAGUUGAGGCAUACAUGGCAUCAAGGAAAACUUUGAAUAAAUUGAUCUGCAAAUAUCUCAGAAAUUUCAAGAAACAAGACAACAAUUCCAAGAGUAACUCGGAUUCAGCAGAUAUUACAGUCUUGCUAAAAGGUGUAAAGGAAAUUAGUGUUUCAAUGUUUGAAUCCAUCUUAUCUUUCAUUUCUCAACCAAAGGCGAAAUCAAAGCUCUCCAUUUUCUCAAAAAUUCUGCAACCAAAGACUGCGCUACGCGAAGAGGAAGUUGAAACCAAUGAAAUGGAGAAGAUCGAUGCUGAAUUACUCAUCUUGAAGUCCAGCAAUCUAACUAUAUUGAAAGAAUUAGAGGCAUUGGAGAUGAGCCUUAAAGAAGCAGAGGAGGAUUUAGAGUGUGUGUAUAGAAGAUUGGUCAAAAUCAGAGUCUCUCUUCUCAAUAGUCUAAAUCAUUAG